CUUUAUUUUCUCUCUCUCUCUGUUCUCUUUCUCUUUCUCUUUCUCUUUACACUUCUUUUGUUCACACACGUAACACGUAUCAUUGCUCCUAUCACCUAUCAAUCAAUCACUAACAACCUCCAUUCAAUACUCUAAUAUCCAUUUUUGAGUCAUGUCUGCUACCUCUACUCCUGCCAUUGUGCCUUGUCGGUACAAAACUGGCAAGACCCUGGGUCAGGGCACCUAUGCUGUCGUCAAGGAGGCUGUCCAUAUUGAGACUGGAAAAAGAUAUGCUGUCAAGGUGAUCAACAAGAAACUGAUGGAAGGCAAAGAACACAUGAUCCGCAAUGAGAUUGCUGUCCUUCGUCGCAUCUCCAUUGGUCAUGCCAACAUUCUGACCCUCGUGGACUUUUUUGAGACCAUGAACAACCUUUACCUGGUCACAGAUUUGGCUGAGGGUGGUGAGUUGUUUGAUCGAAUUUGCAGAAAGGGUAACUACUAUGAGCAUGAUGCUGCCAACUUGGUCAGGACCAUCUGUAGUGCCGUGGCCUAUCUGCACGAGCAAGGAAUUGUUCACCGAGAUUUGAAGCCCGAAAAUUUGCUUUUCAAAACAGCAGCAGAGGACAGUGAGCUUCUCAUCGCUGACUUUGGGCUUUCAAGGAUCAUUGAUCAGGAAAAGUUUCAUUUACUGACCACAACCUGUGGAACUCCAGGAUAUAUGGCUCCCGAAAUUUUCCAAAAAUCUGGCCAUGGCAAACCUGUGGAUAUGUGGGCUUUGGGCGUAAUCACAUACUUCUUACUCUGUGGUUACACACCAUUUGACCGUCAGAACAGUAUGGACGAGAUGCAUGCCAUCCUUCAUGCCGAGUACCAGUUCAGUCCUGUUGAAUACUGGCAGGGUGUUUCUGAAACGGCCAAGUCCUUUAUCAAUGGCUUAUUAACAGUGGACCCUAGUCGCCGGAUGACAGCACAGGAGGCAUUGAAUCAUCCAUGGUUGGCGCUGUCUGCGAUUCAUCACCAGGAAACUCAGCAACAACAACAGCAGGAUCAGGAAAUGGAGGGCGUAGCACCUCAUGACUUGCUACCAUCGAUGAUGUCGGCACGUACAAAGUUCCGCCAUGUAGUGGGCGCAGUCAAAGCACUCAACAAGAUGGGUGGCAAGCGUCAUGAAGACUUGCGAGCAAUUCAUGCUGAGGAUGUGUCUCAUGUAAUCCAUCAGGGAGACGUGGAUAUGGUCUAAGAAUGAAAGAAGAAUAUAAUAACUAUCAAAAGAAGGAAAAA